GAUCGCAGAAGCCCCAAGAACGGCAGACAUGUCCCAGUCCCAGCCCCAGACCUUGUACUGCCCCUGUUGGGAUCCUUGGAGGAUGGGAUACAAAAGACUCAUCAGAGUUAAGGCAGGCACGCUGUCUCAGAAGCCCAAGUAAGUGGGAUAGUAUGGCAACAUUGGUGGAGAAGCAAUAACAUCACUCGGUUUAAUAGCAAACUCAGCGUCUCUGUCCCAUCAAAAAUGGACAUCCUUUUUAUUUCACAUUCAUGAGGAUCUCUGCUCAUUAGGCUGUCGGGGCGGGUCAUACACAAUACGGUCAGCACCUGCAAAAGCUCUAAGGCCGCCACACUGCUUCGUCUCCCGUCAAUGCAUUUCCCAUAACUCUCCGUGCCACAAAUGUUCUGGUUAACUUAGUUGUGCAUUUGUUGUUCUAUAGCCCUUCUGGACAGCAAUGAUGUGAUGGCAUUGGUGAAGCAUCGCAGAACAAACUGAAGCAUAAAGAAUCCACCACAAAUGUUGACUGUCAGCGACGCUCCCAAGAUUUCAGGCGGGAGUCUCCCCCAUCCAUUCCACAAGAUGCUGGAAAUGGAAACUAGGACUUCCUGCAGGCAAAAACUAUGGUCUGCCAUUGAGUUAAAACCCUUGUGGUGUUCCAUGCCUUUUGGAUUUUGGAAUGAUUUACUUGUUUGUUUGUUUGUUUGUUUUCUGUCCAUCAUCUUGCGUAUCCUACAGAAAGACACUUAAGAAAUGUUUUUAAAAAUCAAUCGGUACGUAAAUAUUAAUUUGUCAUUUAUUCUUUGUUAUUCCACCUGCUAGUCCUAAUUUGCUAAUGGGAAUGUUGAUGCUUUGACCUAGCUCACCGGAAGCCUUUUAGGCUGCUCUAAGGAGAGAGAAGGGUAGGCAUAAACAUCUCAUCUCCUUUCCUUCUUGCUGCCUUAGGAACGUGUUCUUAUGCUCACUCGUGUGUGGCUGGCGGAAGCUAGGAAGGUGCCAGUAAUGUCACUAUCAUGCUGUCUUUUUAAAUGUCACCGGAACAAUGUUAAGGCGCCUUCAGCUUCUCCCCGCCAGGGAAUUUUUCAGGGAAGGGAAGCCAGAAGUUGCCUUCCCCUCUUCUUCUCUCCCCCACUCCCGGGCACCCAGGCUCCCCACCCCGACCCCAUUCUUGCUCCAUUAGUCCCAGGUACAUCUAGUUUGCCACUGCAAAAACAAGGUGCUAAAUUGGCCCAACAGUGCUCUUCCUAUGCUCUCAUGUUAUGUAGAUGCCUCCAUAAUAUAAUUUAUUUAUAUAUUUUAAUAUCAUUUAUAUCCUGCCUCUUCUGCCCAAUUAGGGUGCUCCGUAGUGGUUUGGAUAGGAACGCUAAAACCUUCGCGUGUGCACAAACUCAGUACAGCAAGGCAACACAAAAAUGAAACCACAUUUCCCCCAAACGACAGUUGUGAAAUGCUACAAAUGAGUGGAUGUUGUGAGCAAGCUUCCAGGUAUCUCUGGAUUGCUUCCAUUGUUGUUGUUUAGUCGUUUAGUCGUGUCCGACUCUUCGUGACCCCAUGGACCAUGGACCACGCCAGGCACUCCUGUCUUCCACUGCCUCCCACAGUUUGGUCAAACUCAUGUUCAUGGUUUCAAGAACACUGUCCAACCAUCUCGUCCUCUGUCGUCCCCUUCUCCUUGUGCCCUCAAUCUUUCCCAACAUCAGGGUAUUUUCCAGGGAGUCUUCUCUUCUCAUGAGGUGGCCAAAGUAUUGGAGCCUCAGUUUCAGGAUCUGUCCUUCUAGUGAGCACUCAGGGCUGAUUUCCUUCAGAAUGGAUAGGUUUGAUCUUCUUGCAGUCCAUGGGACUCUCAAGAGUCUCCUCCAGCACCAUAAUUCAAAAGCAUCAAUUCUUCGGCGAUCAGCCUUCUUUAUGGUCCAGCUCUCACUUCCAUACAUCACUACUGGGAGAACCAUAGCUUUAACUAUACGGACCUUCAUCGGCAAGGUGAUGUUUCUGCUUUUUAAGAUGCUGUCUAGGUUUGUCAUUGCUUUUCUCCCAAGCAAGUAUUUUAUAGUACAGUAUUACAAACCAAACUAUUCCAGUAGUCUCCUGUUGCACGUGCUUGCCAUGAGAGAAGCAGAAGGAAUCCUGUGUAAUCCUGCUUAGAUGAAGAACAGGUAACAUCGAUGAAUUGCAACCGACAAGCAAUACUAUAGCUGUUCUGCAAAAUGCAAAGCAAUUAUAAGCAAAUGUCGAACAGAAUCAUUGUACAAACUGGCAGCUAUUUAUUUGAAAGAGGAUGAUGGAUCAGUCAACCGAAUUGCUACAAGGAAAAUCCUUCAGACAACUCAGUUGUCAAGCUUGGGAUGGGAUAGAGAAAGGGAUAUUUUUACAAGUCGCGUCAUUGUCUUGUUUCAGGCUGAAAUAUUGCAGACCUAACGCACAACCACUAAGAAGCAGGGAGCCUCGAGAUAUAUCAAAGGAGAUUGAAGAUGAGAUCACUCCUGGCUUUAUCGUGUCUCACAGUAAGGAACGUAUCAGUGUCACUCUGGGCGAGGAAUUCUUUGAGAAGAAAAAGCCUGACGAGGAACUUGCCAAGCCCCCUGUGCUCAGUUCUGUACUUAAGCCUGAAACUUCUGUACUUAAGCCUGAAACGGAGGACAUUAUAGGUGACUUGGUGGAACAGAUUUCUGAGCUCACAGCUAUAAUGGAGCAAUUGCGUCGAGACCACCAAACUAGCCACAAACAGUUGGAGAAAGAGAUGGAAGACAAAAGGAAUGAAAUGCAAGAGGAACACGAAAACAAAAUGAGGGAUAUGCAGUCACGUCAUGCAGCAGAGAUGAACGCCUUGGAGGAGCAGUACAAGAAAGAGUUGCGAAAUGAGAGGGCACACGCCCAGGAGAAGCUGGCUGGGAUGCAGAAGGAAUACAAGUAUCUGAAGAAUGCGUUUCGUGUGUACCAGGAUAGCAUUUCUGAUGAAAUGGAGGAAAAGUGGCUGAGAAGGCAAGCAGAAUGGAAAAAGAGUGAGAGGACUGAACGAGAGAAGGCCUUGUUACAACAAAAGCAGUCGUUGACAAAAAAGUUUGAGCAGGCGAUAGAGGAACAGAAGACUAUAAUUCAGAAUAACAGUUUUUUAAUAGGCAAAGUUUAUGAAAAAGAAAGAGAAGAGUUCCAAAAGCAGCAACAGGAAGCCCUAGAUAAAAUUGAGGAAUUAAACAAACAUAUUGAGGGUUUGAAUAUGGAAAUUAAGGAGAAGAAUGAGACUUUGGAUGCUAUUGCAGCCACCCUUCACAAGACAGAGACUGAACUCCGGAAUGAGAAAGCCGCCUUGGUGGAAAUGGAGAAAAGUAUCCAGCAAAAAAUUGUAGCCAUGGAAGACAGAUAUCGAAUUAACGCCACUACUUUGGUAGAAGAAAAUGCCAUGCUCAGGCGCAGGCUCAUUGAAAAGAAUGAAGAGAUCUAUAAUCAACGGGCCCAGCGAUCGGGCAGCUAUGACGCAUAUGACUAG